AUGGUCAGAAAGAGCGUUCGCUUUGCUACUACGGUAUAUUCAGAUGAUGGUGACUCCGACACCAGUCCUACUUCUUACAGUAGCUAUGUUAGUUCCUCUGACUCCCACAGAUCUACUUAUAGCACCUCUCCGGAGGUAACAAAUGACAAAUUCAAGGGGCCCCUAGCUUGGUGGAGCGGAUACACUCUGUUAGACUCAUGGAUUCCGCCCAAGUUGUCACAGAUACCGAGGUUUAAGGGCCUGAUCGGGGUGGAACCUUAUAUAAGGUUCAAACGAUAUGACAUGUGCUUCUUAGGAGAAUUCGAUGAGGUUACCAGCAUGCUAGUGGAUAUCCAUGUCCUUGACAUGGUUCAUGGGCGUGCCAAUGCAACAACGGCUUGUCCACAAUCUCCGAGAAGCAAAAACUUGGACGGGUCACCUCUCGGUCACAUACCAGAGGGUGGUGAUACCACGGAUGUGGGAUCAAUGCAUGAACAUGCGGGGCCGGAUGGAUAUCCCAUGGAUGUCGAAAUGCCGGGAGUGCAAGAAGAUUCAAAUAGCUUUAGAUGGCAGGAUUCGUCGGAGAAAGAAGGUCCGUCAAUGGUUGAGGAAGAUGCAUAUGACUGCGGAUGGGAGGAUCCUAUGGAGGACCAACUCACGGCCUCAGUGACAACUCUAGGACACCAAGAAGAUCCAUAUGACUGUGGAUGGGAGGCUCAGCCAGAUGAUGGUGCUGUGAUAGCAACCUCAGCGCCAACUCCCAAACACCGAGAAGAUCCAUAUGACUGCGGAUGGGGUGAUCAACCGGAAGAUUGUGUGGUGCCUACCACGGUCAUCUCCAGUGUCGUACCGGAAGAUCCUUACAAUUGCGGAUGGGAGGACCAAAUGAAUGCCAACAAUGCGGCCCCACUUGCGGAUCCAGAUGACCCAUAUGACUGCGGUUGGGACAGUCCGACGCUGAUGUGCUGGCAAAGUCCAAUUGGCUUCAAAUCGCCUUCUAGAUCUCCCACCUCAAAGAGCAAUCCAAGAAACAGGUCGACGAGCAUUGUGAGACCGGAUGUGAUCGACCUGACAUCGGCAGCUGGAUUGCCCCCCUCAAAGAGGGGCCUAAGGGGUAACCCAAUGCGAAUAGAGAGACCGGAUGUGAUCGAUCUGACGUCGGCUGCUGCAUCUUGCUCACCGUCGUCACGUGAAGUAUCCCAACAAAACACUUUUGAAGAGGCUGGUUGGUCGAUGAACCGAGCCAUCCAGAGGCUGAACAGCAUCGGAACUGACCAGCAUAAGUGA